ACUGAGGUGAAUUCGAGCACAAUGUAUCUGAAACCUUCAGAAAUAUUCUUUUCGCAAGAUUCAAUUAAUAAUGUUUUUGAUAAAAAUUGUGGUCAUAGAUAUAAGCCGAUAGGCGAAACACUUGAUGCAUUAUGCGAAGGAAGGUGCUCUGUAAGUAGCAUACCAACUAUAUCAGUUGUAAAGCAUAACAAUAAAUGGUUCACAGCUGAUAAUAGGCGGCUUUGGGUUUUCCGGAACAUGGAGAGACUGGGAAAGUGUGACAAAAUAUAUGUUAGUGAGGGGUUUUAUAUUCCUCCAUCAAAGUUUACCACAUAUAAUGGAGGCGAAUCAGUUCAUGUUCGCAAUGGCUCCCCAGGAGGAAUUUGGCAUCGAAAACCAAGUGUGAAAAAGCCAACGCCUACUCCUACUAUAACCAUUAACAAAAUGCCAGUAUCUGUCAACGAUAUUAAAAAGGAAAAUGUGGCAAAGGAACAUAACAUUGAUGACAACACAAUCCAUUCAUCAGGCAGGCGCCCAUUUCAGGAAAUGGGAAAUUUAGUUUCUAACUAUAGUGUGAUAGAUGAAACUAUCAGUUCACACUCCGAACCGGACAGUGAUACUGAUACAGUGUCCAAAAGUUGUUCCGUGGAGCAAAGUAACUAUCUUACAUCCUCGGGAAAUUCGGAUAAGGAUAAGUCUUUAUCCCAAGAAAAGCAAACAGUUCAGGAAGCGAAUUUAAAAGUAAUUGUUUUAGAUGAAACCGCUAUAGAAUUACACAUUCCACCUUGUCAGAAUGUUAACGAAGACAAUAACAAUAGUUUAACUGUUACAGCAAACCCGCAAACGACACAGACUAAUACUACUAAGAAAUGUAAAAUACUAUGUAUCGUUAUAACCGUCAUAGUGGUUAUUCUGUUUUCAGUAUUAGUUCCAGUUCUUGCUUUAUAA